GCCCGCAGCAGCUAGCCGCAGCGCCGGCGAGGGAUGGCCGCGGCGCUGCUGGACGCCGUGACGUCACAGAGCGGCACAGGUAACGAGGGAGGCGGCUCUGGCGCCGCCGGCGCAUGAGGGCGGACUAUGCACCGGCUGUUCUCGAGGACUCGCACGCCCACCGGCGCCGACAUGAAGACACAGAGCAGCCUCGAGGUGCCCAAGCAGGUGCGCUCCGCCUCCAUCGACGAGAUCCAGCUGGAGGCGAAGCGCCGCGGCGGCGGCGAGCCGGGGGCGGCGGGGGCGGCGCAGCUGCGCGUGCCGCCCCAACAGGGCCAGCGCUCCAAGAGCUUCGACUCGUCGGGCGGCGAGGCGGCGUACCUGGAGGUGCCUCAGCGGCGCUUCCAGCGGCGGCGCUCGUCGAGCGACAAGGCGGGGGCGGGGACGGGGGCGGCGGAGGUCUACUGCGUGCACUGCGCCUGCGCGGAGGAGUUCCACCGCCUCCGGGCCGCAGAGGCGGGGGCGGCGCGCGCCCGCUCGCCCUCCUACAGCGACGAGACGUCCUCCAGCGAGGAGGACUGCCCCCAGGACCCGCCCCCGCCCUGCAUCCGCGUGACGCUGACGCCCGACGCCGCCGCCGCCUCGCCGCGCCGCCGCUCCAUCACGCGCCAGGAGGCCUUCCUGCUGCCCGACCCCAGCGGGGCGUCGCUGGACAGCGUGUCGGACCUGACCUCGGAGGGCAGCGAGGAGUGCGCGCUGGUGGUGGGCGACAUCUUCCUGCAGGUGCCCGACCUGCGGCGGGACCGCGCCGCCUCCGUGGACUCGUGCUUCGCCAAGCUGGGCGGCCGCACGGAGCAGCUGGAGGCGGCGGGCCUAGAGGUGCCCCAGGCGGCCCUGCGCUCCCGCUCCGUGGACAUCGUGCUGCCCACCGACGAGCAGGCGCGCUACAAGGCGCUGGCCCUGGCGCAGCCGCCCUACGGCCCGGGGCGGCCGGACGACGCGGCGCCGGGGGAAGGCCACCACCGGCCAGUGCGCUGCACCCCAGACUGGAGCGAUGCGGCAGUCAGCGGCGACCACCUGUGGGUGCCCACGUCCGCCUCGGGAGACCUCUGCUACGUGGGCGAGCAGGACUGUGCAAAGCACGGGCCGCGCAUGAAGUGCUGUGCCUGCAAGAUCGUGGCGCACGCCGUGUGCAUCGGCGCGCUGCACGAGAAGGUGCGCUUCCAGUGCAAGCCCACCUUCCGCGACGUGGGGGUGCGGCAGUACCGCGAGCAGACCUGCAUCCACCACCACUGGGUGCACCGCCGCGCGCAGAAGGGCAAGUGUCGCCAGUGCGGCAAGUCGUUCCAAUCGAAGCUGUCGUUCACCUCGAAGGAAAUAGUUGCACUCGGCUGCUCGUGGUGCAAAAUGGCCUACCACAACAAGGAGACGUGCUUCAACCUACAAAAAAUAGGUGAAGAAUGCUCUCUGGGGAACCAUAGCGAUAUUAUAGUGCCUCCGUCUUGGAUUGUCAAGCUACCUCGUCAAGGAAGCUUCAAAUCGAGUCUACGAAAAUCUCCUAAAAAAAAGACGGCAACUAAAAAGAAGAGUAAAGAAAAGACUGACCGGGACCCGAAGACGUUCGUGAUCAAGCCCAUCCCGACGACGACGAUGAAGCCCGUGCUGGUGUUCAUCAACCCCAGGUCGGGCGGCAACCAGGGCGCCAAGCUGCUGCAGAAGUUCCAGUGGCUGCUGAACCCUCGCCAGGUGUUCGACCUGACGCAGGGCGGCCCGCGCAUGGGGCUGGAGCUGUUCCGGAAGGCGCCCAACCUGCGCGUGCUGGCGUGCGGGGGGGACGGCACAGUGGGCUGGGUGCUGUCAGUGCUGGACCAGAUCUGCAUCAGCCCCGCGCCGCCCGUGGGCGUGCUGCCCCUCGGCACCGGCAACGACCUGGCGCGCGCUCUGGGCUGGGGCGGGGGCUACACGGACGAGCCCAUCUCCAAGAUCCUGUCCAACACGGCGGAGAGCGAGGUCACCAUGCUGGACCGCUGGCAGCUGAAGGUGGCGAGGAACCCCGACGCGGAGCCCAACGAGGAGGGCAAGGACAGCCUGCCGCUCAGCGUCGUCAACAACUACUUCUCGCUGGGCGUGGACGCGCACAUUGCGCUCGAGUUCCACGAGGCGCGGGAGGCGCACCCGGAGAAGUUCAACUCGCGCCUGCGCAACAAGAUGUUCUACGGGCAGGCUGGCGGCAAGGACCUGGUGCGCCGUAAGUGGAAGGGGCUGGCGGAGCUGGUGACGCUCGAGUGCGACGGGAAGGACCUCACGGGCAAGCUGAAGGAGCACAAGGUCCACGCCAUCGUCUUCCUCAACAUCCCCAGUUACGGCGGGGGCACGCAUCCUUGGAACAGAGCGGGAGGGACGAUGGAGCCGGCUACGGAUGACGGUUUCAUCGAGGUGGUCGGCCUCACGACAUAUCAGCUGCCCUUGCUGCAGGCGGGCGGCCACGGGACCUGCAUCGCACAGUGCCAGUCUGCGCGGAUCAUCACCACCAAGACCAUCCCCAUGCAGGUGGACGGGGAGGCGUGCAAGCUGACCCCGUCCGUCAUCUCGCUGGACCUGCUCAACAAGGUGCCCAUGCUGUCCAAGCGCAAGGGGACCAAGCGGGACCUGCCGCAAACUGCGUUGGAGCAGGUCACGGUGAGCAUCGACAGGAUCACGAUGUCGGACUAUGAGCAGCAUCACUACGACAAGGAGCUGUUGAAGCAAGGAGCCGUGCCGCUGGGCGUGAUCGAAGUCAGUCCCGUGUCGGACCUGGAACAGGUCAGGAAGAUGAUCAACAACCUUCAGGAAGCAGCGACGCUGUCUUCCGAUUGGUGUUUCGUCGAUUCGUGCACGGCGGAGAGGUUCUUCCGAGUGGACCGCGCCCAGGAGCACCUCCACUACGUCAUGGACAUCGGCACGGACCACCUGUACGUGCUCGACGCUGAGCAGGCGCUGGCGCAGACCCCGGACGACGAGACGGCCACGGCCUCGCCGUCGACCAGCCUGGACCAGCAGCCCUCGGACAGCGUCGAGGAGCGGGAGUCCGCGCCUCCCCCGCUCCCCAGUGAUGAAACGUCUCAGGAAAGUGAUGACAAGGAUCUCAGCUGUCAGGUUGGGGACAAUGUUGACGGAGGUGAUGGAGGAGUUGAAGGACUUGAAGGAGGGAUUGCGGGCCCCGUAGAGACCAGGUUAGAGAACGUAGCGGAGCGGGCUGACGCUACGCCGGGCGAUGUCUGUAAUCACGUCCAGGACUUUAGCUCACAGUACAACUCUGUCAGGAGGACUGACAACUCGCAGAGUCAUCUUCUUGAAAAAACUUCUGAUGGCAUCUUGAAAGCUGCCAAGAACGGUGAUUUGAAAAUGCUCAAGUCGCUGCACUCCCAGGGCUACUCGCUGCUGUCCAUCGACGCCACGGGCCAGACGGCGCUCCACCACGGGGCGCGCUCCGGGCACAAGGACAUCGUCAAGUACCUCAUCACGUGCGCCCCUGCCUCCAUCCUCAACAUGGCGGACAACUGCAAGGGCCAGACGGCGCUCCACCUGGCAGCCGCCCACAGGCGACGCAGCGUCUGCUGCAUGCUGGUGGCGGCCGGGGCGUCGCUGCUGCUCACCGACCGGGAGGGCAGCUCCGCUCACCGCCUGGCCCUCGGCGCGGGGGACGCCGAUCUGGCCGCCUACCUGCACAGCCAGGAACACUUCCAGCUGGCGGUGGAUGACGUGGAGACGGUGGUGUAGGCGGGGCUUGUGUUCGGAAGUGUCCCAGGGACGCCAGGGACGCCGUACAGGCCAGCAGAAGCAUCGCGACAUAAGGUUCGAACCAGCAGCGUCGUCGCAUCUGCGAGAGGAAAAAAAACCUUUGCCCCAGCUUUCACCCUCUACUGCACAGCAAGCAGCAAGCCGCACGCCCUUGAACCACGUUCCGCGGCUGUGCCGAAAUCAACCUCGUGCUCUUUGGAAAGACGACCUCAGUGACGGUGAACGCUGUGUGCAAUAACUCGCGAAGAAAGGAGGAGGAACAGUUGUCAGGGUGAUGAGAAACAGGUUUCAUUAUAACAAUGUAGUUAGGCACAUAUCUAUUUUCUACUCUAAAAAAAAAAGGGCACCUAACAAUGAAUAAACUAUGUCAAAGUUGUGUGUUUUUUUAAAAAAACUUCCUUCAACUUGCUGUUCUCGAAGACAAUCGUAUGAUUAUGUGUUGGUGUACUUUAGGUCUGGUUUUUGCAAUCUUCUGGCAGAUUUUGGGCUCCAAAACUAUAAAUCUUAUUUGCUGGGCGUAAGUUCUUCACAAUUUUGUUUUUAUAUUAUUUUAUUUUAGUGGUUAGAUCAUUUAUGUUAGUUUCCAUUUUAAAGUGGUAUUGUAGAACACUUUUUAAACCAUGCUUAUUUUAUGACCGGUUUUAAUCUUCACAAAAUAAAAUAUACCUAAAACUUCUAAUUUUUAAAUUUAGUGAUAGUGAAGGCAUUUUUAUUUUUAUAAAUUAUUUUAUUUGUAGGAUAGUGUUACAAUCAAAAAAAUUAAAGAAAAAGCACCUGACAAAAAUUUUAAUGCAGUAGGCUCCACUCUUCCAAACAGAUGGUUCAAAAGGUCGUAAACAACCUCUCUUGUCGCUAAAAAAGCAUAAAUACGAAUUCAUACCAAACCUUUAGUGAGUGGCCAGUGCUAAAUCCAUUUUCAGUUAACUUGUUGCUAAAAAAUUACUUUUUUAAUUGUUAAGAUUCAAUUAUAAUCUACAUUAUUAGUCACAUAUCUCCCGAAGAAAAUGAUGCCACAACAGAAUCUCACAUAUUCAUCUCAUAGGUAUGCAAAAAACAAACCAUAGUAAAAGUUAAGUUUUAGUGAAAUGCACACAAUAAAGUCUAUGUUUAGUGAUUUCUAAUGGGAACUUUAUUUUUUUAUUGGAAAGUGAAAUUUAUUUAUUUAUGUAUGUGUAUAUCUCCAAAAUAAAAGAAAGGCAAAUACAAUAUCUUAGUGUGGCAAACAUAAAUAACUAGGAAUUGCAUCUAACUUUAAUCAGGCAGCCGAUGUAAAGUACAUUUAUAGUAAGAAAAUAGAGUUGAUUAUUCAAAAAAUAAAAUAAUUUAUUAUGAACGUGUGUCUUCAACACAAUUUUACCGCAGAAAGAAAAUUUUAGCAAUGAGUGCACAAAGUUCAUUUUCAACAGCUUCUUAAUGAAUUGUUGAGAUAUGGAUUGAGAUAUGGAUUUGUUUCAGAAGAUAGACAUCUCUGGGAACAUCACACUGUAAAAGAACACGUAAGACGUCAGGUGUGAGAAAUAAGUGUUAACGCUGAGCUGUGCUCACCACAUCAGCACACGUGGUAAUCUGCAACUUGUGUAUCGUCGUAUGUGGCAGAGUCCUUCGAACCCACCACAGUUGAAGUUUUUAAUUGAUUUUUUAAAAUUUGUUUUACAUGCUGAGGCAUAUUAUAAAGUAGCGACAAUAUCACUUCUAUAUUUAAUUGCUGUAACCCAGUUAAGAAUGGAAACAAACCCAAAUAACAUGUAGGAAAAGAAACAUUUCCAUAUGUAGGUCCGGAAGCUGGGUGUAGAUUGUGAUUGUAGGGUCCACCAUCUUGGAUUGUGACGUUACAGCCGCCAUCUUGUAUGACCUUGACCUGUGACCUUCUCAAUUUACCAAUUUUUUUUAUUUUUAAAUGUAAAAAAAAAUGUAUUUUCAAAGGAAAAUAUCACAUCAAUUUUUUUUUUGUUUUAAAAUAACUAAAUGUUCCCAAAGCGGCUUAAAUUUUCCAUCUAACUGCUGAGGACAAUUUAACAAACUAUUGACUUAACUUUUCACCUGGUCACCAGCUUGAAUUAUGUCACAGCUGCCUUCUCGGCCUCUAUAACUUUCCAACAUUUUGUAUAGUUUCAUCCACCAUUUUGUUUUCGAGAAAUUUCCGCCAUUUUGAAUUAUGACAUCACGUCCGCCAUAUUGAAAAUUUGUAAUUAUUAUCCAAAGAUAUCAGAAAAAUAAAAUAAAAUUUAUAAAAAAAUAUUUCAUUUAAAUUUUAAUAAAAUUUUUAAAUAUAUAACACUUACCUUAUGGAUCUUGGAGUCCUUGGUUCAAACAUAUUUUUAUGGCAAUGCAGGCUCAUUUUCAUUGAUUUUUUUACCUUACGCAAGAUUGUUAUUUUAUCAAGUCUCUCAUUUUGGGGAGUUUCGGUUCAUAGCUUGCACCCAUUUUCUUUUCCGGGCCAUUUUCGAUUUUCAAAACAAAAUCAGUUAGAAUUAUUAAGUUAUCUAGCAACAAAAUCCAAGUGUGACAGUGUGACCACCCUUUCGAAUAGUUUUAUGUAUGGCCGCAAAAAAGGGUGAUAAUUAUGAUAUAUAAUUACAUUGUUUAAUUAGUAUUAAAUUUUUAAAAUAUACUAAUGAAAAAUUUUCAGACUGUUAGAAAAAAAAAAAAUUUUUUUUUUUUGCCCAAGUACAAAGCAUAACUUUAAAACUUCCAGGUUGGUGCAUUAUUUUGAGGUUGGUAAUAGAAAUAGGGAGUAACUUCAGAUAAGAACUUCGUAAUCCCUGUCCAGUGUCAGCUCCUGGGGUAACCUACUAAAGUCUUUGGGCAUGGUUACAAGAGCGCGGAGUCAGUGAUAGUCAGCCGGGAGAGUAGUUGGCGACAAAAACAUUUCUCCCGGAGAGACUGGCCAAUGAGAAGGGGAAAGGGGUUGGUGUGUUGAGAUGAACCAGCAGAAUUCUCCACAGACACAGCGUGACCAGAACAUUCCCGUUGCCGUGUGCGUUCCCAGUUUGGUUGCAUAAGGUGCUGUUUAAAAGUGCCUGUUUUAUUUCCCUAAGCUGAAAACUAGUGACGAAAACCCCUGGUCGACGGAUGAAUAAACGAAGCACCCACAUAACUUGUGUGGGCAGCCCAAAACUUGCCAGGAGCAUUGGAGAGUCGUUCAUUGCAAAGCAUUCAUGACACCAAAUGCUUACUUUCUUUCGUAACUGAAAGUUACGUUGAAUGAAAUUACCUCGAAAAUGUUUAUCACAAAACUUCCCGUAUUUAUGCAAAGUUAUGUAUUCAAAAGUUUAGUACAUGCAGAUAUUUUAGUAUGAAAAUAUUUAAUCUGUAAAAAUUUUUUUAACAAGCUACAACUGAAGGCAUCCGUAAAUAACUGAAAGUGGAAUACAUUUUCAUUUUUAUUGGGUUUAAGAGUUUGUAAGUAUACUGUAAAUUUACCAUAGAGAUAUGUAUUUUAAUAGAUUUUUUGUUUUGUUUGUAAGGACUAAUAUUUCUCUUAUAGGCUGCUUCAUUAAGAGCAACCUGCCAACUUUGCUAGUACCUACCUGAAGAUAUAAGUAUGAACAGGGUAAAUGAUGCCAGAAUUGUCACUAUAUUUUACUCAAGACAUACCUUACUUUUUUUUUUUACUUAAGAGACUGGGCUGGAACAGUGUUUUCCUUCUUGUAGAGGACAAUUUAUUCAACUUUUUUUAAAUUAAAAAACUUGUAAACAAUGUACACAGAUACGGACUGUAAGUUCACUAAGUGAAACCAUGUACAUACUUCCGGUGCGAAUAUUGUGUUUGCACAUGUUCCCACUUGCAAUAAGAACUAUUGUAUUACGUAUCUGUUACCACUUUGUAUUUUUUUGCUAGCGUUGUGUUAUGUUAUUUAUUUACACUGUUACUAGUAGUUUGUGUUUGAAACUUUGUAUUGUAUAUAUUGUACAAAUGUAAUUUGUAAAUAGGAGAUUUGAAUUCAUCAGUACACUGAAGUAGAUAUUAAGAGGUCUCACCACCUCAACAUUAGUUCUUAAACUUAUUGUGAAUAGGAUCUAUUUAUGAAUUAUAUUUGGUAACGUCAAUUCACUAUAUUUCCUUACAGUAUUAAUAAUGUUUAAUGUAAAACGGACAUUCAAAUUUCGUGACAAAAUUCCAAAGUAUUUGUACUCUGGGAUUUUUUAUUAGCUUUUGCUGGUGCAAUAAAUACACAUAGUAUGUACUCCCUAUCUCAGAAUUUCCAAAUAUUCAAUACUACUGAAAGAGUGACAUAAAAUUAGCUAUUGAAGGGUUUAGGUGGGGGGGAAAAAGGGAGAAUAAAUAAUGAAAUGUUGACCAUUAAAAUAUUUUUCUUGAAAGAAGCAUCACUAAUCAACUUUUUAUCAGGAGUGUUCCAAAAUUCCUGGUUUGAGCCCAAGUUCUAGCCGGCUGGGAAGUUUAUUUGGACGCGGAUUCCUUCGAUUGUUUCACAAACAAAUCUUUUUUUCCGUAAGUCUACAAGACCAAUUUUAAGGCUAGUGAAAAAUUGUGCUAACUUAUUUAUUCAAAUUUUUCUUUAGAAGUUUCCAAAGUGAAAAUAAGAUACAUUAUUUCAUUAAUAAAAGAUAUUAUUUAAUAUAUUCACAUGUCCUGAAUUAUGCAUACACGGUAGUAUAUAACAUACCGAACAUGUUUAAAUCAGUGAAAAAACCAGGCCCCCAACAUAGCGUGAAAUGUGUAACCCAACAAGAAAUUUUGCUACAUGCAAAUUAAUGAAAUGUAAAGUAAUAAAAUAUAUAUUUUUACGAACUAGGGUUGUUACAGUCUAAAUGGUGCCCAGAAUUGCGUUAACAAAUCUGUUGAACUAGGCUACAUUGUGGAGGAUAAUGGCGUAAAGUAACACACGAUCAUUUAUCCACGCCUGAAAAUUUCUCAACCCAGCUGGCAUCCAAAUGUUGGACCUUACGUCAAAGUCAAGCAUUGCCUAUUCUUAACUAAUUAAAAAAUUAGUAACAAUUUCUGUUCACCCAUCCAAAAAUACACUCUGCACAGUGUGUGUCAGUGAGGCGGGAUGAUGGUGCUUCUAGCGCGGUGUCUCCUCCGGACUGGCGCGCAGUCUUCUCCCAGUGCGUAUGAGCGGCGACCGUGACAUAUGGCGGAGAACUGAAGAUAAAGGUGUAAUGCAAGUCCCUUAAGUGCUUUCAAGAAUCUUUAGCAGGCCUUUCAUUAAAUCAAUUAUCCUGAAAAACACAUGUUUUACCCCUUUUAACUCUCCUCAAAAUACAGUUAAAAAACAAAAUGGAAACAGAACUUCUCGGCCGUCCUCAGCACAUUCUUGAAUGUGUUUCAUAUAACACCGCUCUGAUAUAUUGCAUUCUUAAAUCGCGUGGUUUCUUCUGGAGCUAUGCACAUCGUUUUGACUGGGUGGGCGGGGGAACUUUCUUUUUUGCAAGAUAAGUUCUCUUAAAAAAACAUUUCAGUCACUUAAUUUGCUGGGACACAGAAUUUUUACAUCCCAAGCAUUUUCAAUAACUUACAUGAGUAAAUUACUUUUCCUCUGGUAAAGAAAGCUUGUCGAAUGUUGUAAUCACAAGCCGAAAGUCGAACCUCUUGUUAUUUAUAGAACAAGAAAAGUAUGACUUUCCCUCGUGUCCUUUUUGAAUACUACUUCUGGCUUUUGAUACCUAUUUUCUUGUUAUAAUAAAAUAAAUCCUUUGCCAGUGAGCUAGGUAUAACUCACACCAUGUUAACUUUUUUCAAUUUUUUGUAGUUACUUUUAUUUAAGGGCUAUUUCAAAGAUUUCAACUCUAUAACUCCUAUGCAUAUGUUAUGCCACUAAUAUUAUCAACAGAUCAUCACUUAAUGUAGUAUUAUGCGUAUAAAAACUAAAAAGGCAUGCUAGUCUUUGUUAGUUAUCACCACUUUCACAAUAUUUUACACCCAUGUUAGUACACUAAGUUAAUUACUGACUGUAGAAAAUAUUUGUGGCAGACAACAAAUGCCACGGGUAAUCAGAGGGGUAUUGAGCUAAAAUUUUUAUAAAUAACACUUAAAAACAUUGACGAAUAAACAAAAGAAAUAAACGUGUCAUGCAAGACUGAGCCUUAACUAUCUUUGCACCGCCGAAACAAUAGUUUAGUCAUGGACAAAACUUUUAUAAAGGCCAGUGUCUCACACUAUGCAAGGAAGUGGGAAUAGCAAUUUUUUCUACUGACAUCCUGUCAUUGUUAUAAACAAAGUAGGCUCUUAAUAUUUUUCAAUAAUGAUUCAGAACUUAAAACUGGCAUCCCUAUGAAAUUAAUUCAAAUGUACUGAUCUUAAAAGAAUGCAGAGAAAAUACAUGUAAUUGAAGUGUUUUUGUCUGUUAAAUUACAUGAAAUUUAGUUUUUACCUUGUCCUUUUCAAAUUAUAAAAAAAGGGAUUCUAUUUUAUAACUAAAGGUAAGUGCAAAUACUUAUAGCAAAAGCCUCAACAAAUUGUGCUCCAUCAAAGACAAGUUUUUUUGUUACGGCACAAGAAUUGAAACAAACUCUGAGGGUGGUCAAUAUUUUUUUUAAUGGUGUGAACUGUUUCAAGCCAAUUUGAACUUCCUGCACAGUUGUUCUUUCCAGGGUAGCCACCAUCAUCUGUUCACUAUUAAUGAAAUGUUCAAUGUAGUGCAUGGUGCUGUUUUUCUACACAAUAAGCUAUCUUCAGAUUACUGGUGCCUGUGUUGGCAAUCUUCCAUCUCAUGAGAUGUGAUGGGGUAUUCAUUCAUCAUUCCAAAUAUUUUAACAUUAGUGAGUGUAAGAGUAAGUUUUAUUUUAAGAAGUAAAUCUAAAUUAUAAAUUAUGUGAAAGUGUUAACUACAGUUGUGUUUGUUUGCAAUUACUAGCAUAUAGUGUUAUCAAUAACUAACAACUUUUAAACAUGGUUAGUAAUAAUUGUUAUCUAAACAUGUAAAUAGGACACACAUUUAAUCUCAUCUCUCACAAUUCAUAAUUGUUCCUACAUAAUUCCUUUUUAAGAUUUAAGAAAUUAACUGAAUUUACAGUAUAUUGUGAAUAUGUUAUUUCUUAUACAUAACUAAAUACGAUUUUAUGCCAAGAAUUGAUGGUAAAAUUAGGUAGAAAGAUUAAUAUGCACAUUAAUACUGUUUCAUGCAUGUUUUUUAUCUUCACAUUUAGACACUUAGAUGAAGAUGUUACACACAAUUAUGGUAACCAGAACUAUCUUUAAUGCUGCAGAAUUGAUGAGACACCAAUCACUUUUUAAUGCCUAAUUUAUUUUUGGGGUUUUUAUGAAAUUAAGUGGCAGCAAUCGUAGCUCAUAUGUAUACUAUUUAUUAAUGUAUUACUAACAUGAUGGUUGUUUCACUCAACUGGAUAGAAUCAUAAAAAAAAAAAUACUUAGGAACCACAUUAGCAUCGCACGACAGUAGAAGAUUAUUGAUAGCAAAUACAGUUGUUAUUCAGUGAAUCAUAUCAACCGGUUGGCUAUUCGAAGUUCGGACCUUUUAAUAUGCAUGCGUUUAUGGCCUUGGGCACACGCCAGACCAAAAAUAAUUAUUGUUCAUUGAUGUCAAUUUGUUUUACACUCAAGAUAUUUGAAGUUUACUACGUUUAUGUUGGAGUGUGUCUGUGCCAUAACUUUCCAAAUUUGUGUGAAGGGGAAAAGAAACUAGAAAAUUUGACAUAGCCGAGUCAAAUCACGUUGAAGGUAGAAAGUACCUUCGUACAGAAAUAAUCUGAUCUCUCUUGUAAUGAAUGAAUAUAUAACUUGAUUGUAAACCUGUAGAUAAUUUACCCCCCCUCCCCCUUUUUUUUCCCUUGUACUGCAAAAAUAAAAUAAUAACCAUGUAAUUUCUAAUACAUAGUUGCAAGUUUGGGGUUUUAGCCUGGUUUUUGAUAGAAUAUUACAAUUAAAAGAUAAUAAAACAAACCAAUAAAUUCUCUUGAACUUUGGCUAGAAUGCAAUUUACACAAGACACUUAAGACAUAAAAAAAACAUGCCCGCAAUUAAAAAUGUUUUGAAGGAACAUUUUCUGCUUUGGUUUUUUAUCAAGCAUGCAAUGUUUGGACACACAAAACAUGAAACUUAAAUUGUCUGGAAAGAGAUGUGUGGUUUGCAAAUCAGGGAAUAGCAUAAAAUGUCUGCCUCUUCCAUGCAUAUAUAUAACUCCAUAAAAGGGUUGUUUAGUUUGAGUAAGCAAGCAUGAAAUAUGAGUAAAUUUGAAUACCAUGAAAAAAUUUGGUAACAGUCAAUGGCACACGCCCAAAUUCCAGCUCUAAACGUAGUAAGCUGUUAUGCAGAGUUCAAUAUUUCAUUUACCAUUAUGGAAUAAGCACCAUAACCAGAUACGCCUGUGUGUAGUAACUGGAAAAUGCCGUGAUUGUUAAUCUAUCGUGCUGUAAUUGUGGGGAAAAAGUGCUUUCACUCCCGAGUGUGUUUGUCAAGUGUGUGUAUGCAACUUCCUAACGAAUCAAACUAUUUUCUUAACAUGUUUGUUACAUUGUGAUCUUAGUACUGCCUUCUAAGAAUGUGAAUUGUUAUAUAGGAUGACAGUUGCAAUUUGCAUCGGUGGUAAUUCCAGGAGAUCUCGGUCUUCUAACUACUGAUUCUUUCUAUUCCAUUGUCAUGACUAAUCAGUAAUCAGUGAUUAUGUAAGAGUAGUCAUUUACUCCAACAUUAUUCUAAUGUAAUGUGCUACAUCACUUUAUUUUCCUUUAUUUCAAAUUUCACUGCUAGGGGAACAAAGUUAUUUAUUUUCCACAUGCCAAUGUUAUCACUUUAAUUAAAUCUUUUGCACUAUUUGUGUUUAUUAACAUGUAACAACUGUCCAGCACCUAAUUAUAAUUUUGCUAGAGUGGAAUGCAAUUAUGGGAGCAAAAUAAUCACGUGAACAGUUUUAUUUACUUUGGCAGUGAAAAUAUGAAAAUAAAGUUUGAAAAUUGUAAAAGUAUGCUUUGUAUUUUUUUUUUUUUUUUUUAGUGACAUGUACCACCUUCUUUCAGUAGUGAAGAUAAAACUAUUUUUAAUCAAAAAUAAAUUAUGUUUGACUGCAAUUUAUAAAACAACUGAACUCAAUACUUGUGGAACUCUCAACUUCUUAUUUCUCAAAUAUUUGUGCAUGCAUCCAAGGCCUACCAUUCUAACCCACUAUGCAUUAAAACAAGCAAUGCACAUUCAACUCUCAUCUCAUCACAGGACAAAAAAAUAAAUUACUUUAUUUAGCAGUGUGACUUGUCCAACAUGUACACUAACUUGUAAUAGCGAAGAACCCAAAAAAAAGUUUCCGCAUGGGUACUCGAACCAGCGACCCUCCCAUUACGAACCCAAACUCUGCUGCUAUGCCCAAUCUGCAUGUAUUCUUUAUAAGGUUGUCUUUUGUGACAAAAUUCUUAAUGUUUAAUGCUGGGCGCACAAACUAAAUCUCAUCAGUAGUUUGUGAAGCCUCUAUGUCAGAGCUCAAUACAUUUGUUAGUAAUGCCAAACAUGUAUUUUUGAAUACAAGAAAAACGAAAGCACAGAUAUGCCACACAACUGGAUAAAAAAAUACCUGGAACAAGAAAAAUAUGUCAAACUAUUACCAGCACAGGUUACUACAAGGUGGAAUUCCUGCAGGGGAAAGCAUGGUUCUUACACUCGCCACUGACGUAUCGAAGCGUCAGCAGUGUGACGGCCGCGAGCACGGAUCCCAUCGUCAUGACUCACCCGUCACCGUUCAAGUGCCUUACCUGUGAUGGUUCCACAUUCGAUAAUAUACAGAGGUUGGCAGUGAUUUUUGCAGGAAUUACGUGUUUUCAUCGGGCAGUUUGUGGAUUUGCUAGUAGUUUACAGCCAAUAUAAAAGUACAGAAACAAAAACAAGAUUGCGAACAUUCAGAAAACUAAGAUUUGAUGUUUCUAUCCUAUUACGCAUUUUCCACAAUUAUAUUCAAUAUUUAUAUCUUUAUGCAUCGUAUACCUACUGGUUUUCCGUGCAAUGUAAGUUUUUAUAGAAUAUUACUUGCACCACAAUACACGCGUCAUGUAUCAGACAUGGAAAAAAAUUAAAACCAAGUCAGUAAUGAUUAUUAAAUACCAUCUAAUACUCAAUAAAUCUAUUGUAAAACUGAAUUUUUUUAAAUUAAUAUGACUGCAUUAUUUAGCCAAACAGUGAUUUGUUGCCAGUUUUUAUGUUUUUUUUGUCCAUUAUCAUUUGUUGCCUAAAACCAUAAGAAAAAUAUUACAAAAACUCUUGAUAUUCUACAUGAAACAUUAUUAGAUUUACUGCUUUACUAAUAAUUGGGUCAUUUUCGUUACCAGUUUGUUAGCUUGCCGAUUUGAAAGUACCGAAACCAUCCAAUGUGCUUCACACCCUAUAAGUACUUUGAAAAUAACACUGUUUUAUCAUUUACAUUAUGUUAGGAUUUGCUUGUUUUUUGUGCACUGCAAUUUUUCUCCCCAGCACACAUGUCGGACAAAUAUGCUGAUAUUUAUUUAAUUUAGCAUCAUGAAAUCUUGAAACAGUAGAAUACAAUACUGUAACUGUAUUACUUAACCAUUUUAUCAUACUUCAAAGUGUUUUAGGGAAGGAUGCCUUUGUGUAUAAAACGUGUGAUACAGCAGGUAGGAAGAGCAAGCAUAGCUUCCUACCAGGUGGGGAGCAGGCCUAACCUAAAAGUCAU